GUAAUUGAUAAUAAUUUAAGGAAUAUGAAUAGUCAUUCUAACUGUAACUGUUGUGGCAAUAGUGCAAACGCAUCUGUCCACCAAACAUUGUCAGAGAUGGAUUGGGAGAGGGGCAUUUGGAAUGCAGCUUUCUCAGGUGAUAAAGAUAAAGUUAUCUCCUUGAUAGAGAAGUCAAGAAAUGCUAGAGAUCUGGUGAAUAGCCCGGACAAUGCUGGAUAUUCGGCCUUGCACUAUGCGGCAGGGAGGGGUCAUGUUGAUAUUUGUAAUAUACUCCUUAAGCAUGGAGCUUCUAUUGAUCAUCAAACAAAAAGUGGCAGGGCUACACCACUACACAAAGCAGCUGCUGCUGGAAAAACAUCUACUUUGAAGUUUUUAAUAGAAAAUGGAGCAAACAUUGGGCUGCAAGACGAUGAUGGUAAAACAGUCCUCCAUAAAGUUGUUGAUAACAAGCAUUAUGAUCUCAUCCAUAUUUUAAUUGAUGUAUCGCCUAAUCUUCCUCUAAUUAAAGAUAAUAAGGGAAAUAUUCCAAAUAUAACACAUUGAAAAAAAAAUGCUAUU